CUUCCUCGGCGUGCGGCGCUGUGUGCGGAGCGGCGGCAGCCAUGGCCCCGCGGGUCUGGCGUCGGCGGGCGCUGGAGCGGUGUCUGGGCGCGGUCCGCAAAGCCACCGGCCGGCCGGAGAGCUUCCUCUCGGUUCAAGAUCAACUGGCAUCGGACUUCAUUUCUUUAACGAAAGCACUUUAUGACUUCAAUAAAGCCCUAGAGCAUGGCGGUGUCCGCGGGAGUCCCUUACGGAAACUGGUGAUAGACAAUUUCGAUGAUGAGCAGAUUUGGCAGCAACUGGAAAUGCAGAAUGAGCCAGUUUUACGAUUCUUCGAGAAUGCAGUCGGCGACACCAUCGAAGACGGAGACAUCAGUCUUCUCCCCGAGAACGAAGAGCGGGAAUGUGAAGAGGGCGACUCAGAGAUGGAGGCCGAUGGCCAGGAGGACCUAGAACAGGAUGAGGAGGAGGAAGCGCCAGGCCCGAGUGGCGAUGAUGCCGACGAUGACGAGACGGCCCGACGCUCCAGCGAAUCCGGUCUGAGGAAAAGCCUGGUUUUCAGCGAUGAGGAUUCCGACCUUGACUUUGAUAUCAGCAAAUUGGAACAGCAGAGCAGGGUGCAAAACAGAGUGCCUAGGAAACCGAGAGAAAAGUCCGUAGUAGAUGAUCAAUUCUUCAAACUGUCGGAGAUGGAGACGUUUUUAGAAACCAUGGAAAAGGAGGAGGAGCAAAGAGGUGACGCCGAGGAGGACGAGAUCGAUUUUUUCGAAGACGUCGGCUCUGGCGAAGAUGAGGGAGGACUAUUCGGAAGCGAGAAACUUAAGUCAGGUAAAAGUUCCAGAAACCUGCAAUACAAAGAUUUCUUUGACCCAGUCGAAAGUGAUGAAGACGGAGCAGGUGUUCAUGACGAUAAGCUGAGUUCAGACGAAGCGGAAGAAGUCGCUGAAGAAGGAGAAGGAGACAUUUCCGAAACGGAUGAAGGCGAUGACCUUGAACAAAGCGAAGACGGUGGGCAACGUAAAGAAACCGUGAAAAGAGUGACUUUCGCUUUGCCAGAUGACGAAGAAGAAGAUUCAGAUGUCUUCACUGUACAGAAAGAGUCCGAUGAAGUUAAAUCCUCUUUUGAAAAGAGACAGGAAAAGAUGAAUGAAAAAAUUGCGUCUUUAGAAAAAGAGUUGUUGGAAAAAAAACCUUGGCAGCUUCAAGGGGAAGUGACAGCACAGAAGCGACCGGAAAACAGCCUCCUGGAGGAGACGCUGCACUUCGAUCUCGCGCCCGCCCCCGCGCUCGCGCCUGUGAUCACAGAGGAAACCACGCUUCAACUCGAAGACAUCAUUAAGCAGAGGAUAAGAGAUCAGGCUUGGGACGACGUCGUCCGUAAGGAGAAACCUAAAGAGGAUGCGUAUGAAUAUAAAAAGCGCUUAACGCUGGACCACGAGAAGAGCAAACUGAGCCUUGCUGAAAUUUACGAACAGGAAUACAUCAAACUCAGCCAGCAAAAAACGGUCGAAGAGGAAAACCCGGAGCACGUGGAAAUUCAGAAGAUGAUGGAUUCCCUCUUCCUGAAGCUGGACGCCCUCUCCCACUUCCACUUCACGCCCAGACCGCCUGUUCCAGAUAUUAAAGUUGUGUCAAACCUGCCGGCCGUGACCAUGGAGGAGGUGGCCCCAGUGAGUGCGAGUGACGCAGCGCUCCUGGCCCCAGAGGAGGUCAAGGAGAAGAAUAAAGCCGGAGAUCUUGAAGGUAGGGCCGCGAGGGGCGCCCGGGACGUGAGGGGCGGCGGGAGCUCCAGGGGACGGCAGAGCCAGGGACCUGCCCAAGCUCUGCAGCCGCGCAGAAGCGUGGGGCCUCGUGCCAGCUGCCUCCCUCUGCUCCGUCCAGCCCUUCCCCGCGGGCCCCCGUUCUCAGACUUGUCACCUAGAAGCGCGUGUCGUACUUGAGCGUGCCACGUUUAAUUGCAGGAUGAAGGGAAAGACAAAGCCUUGAAGUCGUCGCAAGCAUUCUUUUCGAAAUUACAAGAUCAGGUGAAGAUGCAAAUCAGCGAUGCCAAGAAGACGGAAAAGAAGAAGAAGAAGAAGCAGGAUCUUUCCGUUCAUAAGCUGAAGCUGUGAGACGUCGUGAACGCGGUGUAAAUAUUAACCCGUGAGCCUGUUCUGCCAUCGUCCCGUUUUAUAAAUAAAAGUUUUGAGAACUUUUCCUAGCA